AUGGCACCUAAAAUCGAUAAUCCGCUCACUUCCAUACUCAAUGAAAAUAGGCUGACAGGGCCUAACUUUAUGGAUUGGCUACGUAAUUUGAGAAUUGUUCUCAAUUAUGAACGUAUUGGAUACAUCUUGGAAACCACCCUUCCAUGCACUUUACCUGAAAGUGCAUCAGAGGAAGAGAGGGAAACACUUAAGAAGUGGAAGGAGGAUGAUGUACAGAGUCGUACUGCUAAAUAUGAGAUAUCAAAGCAGUUGUUUAGGAUGAGAAUGGUUGAGGGGCAAGAUAUCGAUCAGCACAUCAAUAAAAUGAUAAGGCUGACUGAACAGCUUGAGAGCAUGGAUUUCACCAUACAUGCUGAUCUCCAGCUGGAUUUGAUCCUACAGUCCCUGCUAAACUCAUUCUCACACUUUGUUAUAAACUUCAACAUGAAUAAGUUGGAGUGCACCCUUGCAGGCCUGUUGAAUAUGGCAGUAAUUGCUCAAAAAGGUAUGCUUGCAUAUAAGGAAAAGGAAGCUAUGAAUGUUGCCUCAUCCUCUAGUGGGACUAAAGGAAAAGGCAAUAAGAAAAAGAAAAAAGCUUCCACCCCUGGUCUUUUAAAGAAAAUAUCCAAGAAGUUAGUCAAGGUCGCAGCCAAAGCCCCAAUUGUCUAG